UUAGAGAUUAAGUAAAAGAAAUAAAAUUCUACGAAAAAUUGGUUGAUAAGGAGAAAAGUUGGGGUUUAAUAACACUACCUGCAGCUUUCUGGGAGUUCAAACCCCAAAUUGGAAGAAGAAUCGGAGCAAAUUGGAAGAAAUGGGCCAAAACACAGGCGCCAAAGGUAAGCGCAAGAGGGAAGAGAUUGUGAUAGAGGAGGAGAAAAGAGACGAAGACGAUCGGGAAGAGCAAGACGUCUUGUCCGUCCAUUCCCCUUGCAAAUCCCUGCCUUCAUCUCUCUCCAAGGAGCAACUGGAGGUGGAAUUGGAGCUGAAGGUUUUGGAAGCUCUUGAAAUCUAUCAUCCUGCCAAAUUACAAGGAAAAUCUUCUUCCCAUUUUGUGCUCUAAUUUUCCAUGUUUUUUUGGUUAUGUUAAAUCUAAGUGUAUGUUAAGUUUAUGUAGAAUUGAGUGAAAUCCUAUGUUUAAAUUUCAGGAAGUUUGUUUCAAAUCAUCAUAUCCAAACAUGCCAUGAUAUUGAUUGUUUUUUUAAGGAUGGAAUUAAUAGUUUUGUGAGCCUCACAAUUAUGUUUCCAAGUUGAAAAAAAUUGGGAUGAUCUUUUUUCCCUAUGAAUCUGAAGACAAAGGAUAGAAAAGCCCCUUAGUUUUGGCAAAUUUUGAAUACUCGUCAAUUCUGUAUAGAUGCUAAUUUUUCCAUGAGUUUGGAAUUUGAUGAAGAUCCUAGCUAUUCUGGAUAUAUUGAUUUGCCAAUGUUUCUUCACCUUUUUGGGGACAACAUUUUUUUUUGUUUACAUUAAAAACAUCAAACAGCUCACACAAACAUCUCAUCUCAUCAAACUGUUUUACCUAAACAACUAUCCCAAACCACUUACACAAACAUCUGACAUCUAACAUAUCACAUAUGCAUGCCCAACACCGAAGUUUUCUCCUAAAGAUCACAUUUUCCUUCUUUCGGUGAGAUGCUGAGGUGGAUUUGGUGUUUCUUGCAGGAAUCCAUCGUCACUUUGUCCUCUAUGGCUUAGCAGAAUAUCUUAGACGAAGUUUUAAUAAGCACUUCAGUGCUGAUGAAGUUCUGAAGCUGUUGGAUCGCUUCUACAACUUGGAAAUGCUGGAGCCAGAUGAUGACACCGAAAUUCUGAACCAGGAGGAAGAUUUUUGUCUCCCGCCGAGUUUUUUCUCCAAGGAAGAUUCUUAACAGGCAAAAAAGGGAGGUGUGAAAUCAUAUAGGCGGAUAUGGUAGCAUCAAAUUUUUAUCUUUUGUUGUCUGGAAAAUGCUACUUUAAACCCAAGUGUGAUACUAAGGUCGACACUACUAAAAACAAUCACAUACAAGCAGUCCAUGUCUAUGAGACAGUCAUUGUUUGUGAGACAUUGGUGAUGUCAACCUUGGUGACAUCUUUGGUGUGACUAUAUCAUAACCCUUGUUUUUCAGGAUGGUUACUUUCAUAGUAUCAUACUGUUUUCUAGAUGUAUAUAUUGAAGUAUGGGUUUGCAGAGUCAAAUGUCAAGUAAGUAAAUCGCAUUAUUAACUACAUU